AGCAUGGAUUGUGUUCACUCUCAGACCCCUCCUGGUGGAUGUGGGCAUCCAGCGUCCAGCCCAGCAGUGUUCUGGCCUGAAAUAGGGUGUAUUUGUGGAAAACGCCCCACUCCAAGAGGGCUCUGGCCCAAGUUCACAGCUCCUACCCCUGGAAGACAAGGCCCAGGGGCUCCAGGGCCUGGCAGGUCUCCCCUCAGGGGCCUCAGCACUUGGGUAAACAUUAAUGGGGCUCAGGACAUAGCAGGUCAUGUGGGCACCCAGCGAAUCUUUGACCUGAAGCUGCUCCCACGGCCUCCUCCCCAUGGUACCCCUCACCACCUAUACAGCUUGGGUCUGCUCCUGCCGAACCCCAUGCCGAAUUCCUUUGCUGGUGGCCAGGUCCCCCACCCCACCCUGUCUACGAUCAACCUGGUGGACAGCAGUCUGAGAAAUGCAGGGACCUCUAGUUCUGCCCCAGUCUUGGAGGAGGGCAGCAUGAAGCCCUGGGCCUUCCUUCAGCUUAAGGACACCGGCAAGCCAAAAGAGUCCAGCAUGGCUGCCAGGAUGCAAAGGCUGACCAUCGGCUUCCUCAAGGCCUGUGGACUCCUGGGCAGCCUCUACUUCUUCAUCUGCUCCUUGGACAUCCUCAGCUCUGGUUUCCAGCUGCUGGGCAGCAGAAUGGCUGGAGAUGUCUUCAAGGGCAAUGUGGUGCUGUCCAACCCUGUAGCAGGCCUGGUCAUCGGGGUGCUGGUCACGGUGCUCGUGCAGAGCUCCAGCACGUCAUCCUCCAUUGUCGUCAGCAUGGUGGCCUCUAAGCUCCUGACCGUCAGGGCGUCUGUCCCCAUUAUCAUGGGCGUCAACGUGGGCACAUCCAUCACUAGCACGCUAGUCUCCAUGGCACAGUCAGGGGACCGGGACGAGUUUCGCAGGGCCUUCAGUGGCUCGGCUGUGCAUGGCAUCUUCAAUUGGCUCACGGUGCUGGUCCUGCUGCCACUGGAGAGUGCCACGGCCCUGCUGCAGUGGCUGAGUGCCCUGCUCCUGGGCGUGGCCCACCUGCAGCCUGGGGCUCGGGCUCCUGACAUCCUAAAGGCACUGACAAAGCCACUCACACACCUCAUUGUUCAGCUGGACAAUGACUUGCUAGCCAGCAGUGCCACUGGCAAUGCCACCAACAACAGCCUCAUUAAACAAUGGUGCAGCCACAGCGGGGACAUGAGCCAGGGCCACAGCAAUGCAAGUGGAGCCAUCAGCCCCUGUACCGGGAAGAACAGCUCAGCCUCUGAGGACAGGCUGCCCUGCCGCCACCUGUUCGUAGGCUCAGUGCUCACGGAUCCAGCCGUGGGCUGCAUCCUGCUGGCCGGCUCCCUGCUGGUGCUGAGUGCCUGUCUGGUCCUCAUCGUCAAGCUGCUCAACUCUGUGCUCCAUGGCCGUGUUGCCCAGGCUGUGAGGACUGUCAUCAAUGCAGACUUUCCUUUCCCCUUCGGCUGGCUCAGCGGGUACCUGGCUAUCUUUGUGGGUGCCGGCAUGACCUUCCUGCUCCAGAGCAGCAGUGUCUUCACGGCAGCCAUCGUGCCACUCAUGGGGGUCGGGGUGAUCAGCCUAGACCGGGCGUACCCCCUGCUCCUGGGCUCCAAUAUUGGCACCACCACCACAGCCCUGCUGGCUGCCCUGGCCAGCCCAGCGGACAUGCUGCUCUUUGCUGUUCAGGUUGCCCUCAUCCACUUCUUCUUCAACCUUGCUGGCAUACUGUUAUGGUACACAGUGCCCAUCCUGAGGUUGCCCAUCCCGCUGGCCAAGCGCUUUGGGGACCUGACAGCCCGCUAUCGCUGGGUUGCUGUUGUCUACCUGCUGCUCACAUUCCUGCUGCUGCCCCUGGCAGCCUUCGGGCUCUCCCUGGCAGGAGGUGCAGUGCUGGCUGCAGUUGGGGUGCCCCUGGUGGGGCUGGUGCUUCUCCUCAUCGUGGUCAAUGUCCUGCAGCAGCACCGGCCAUCCUGGCUACCAUACAGCCUGCGCUCCUGGGCUUGGCUGCCCCUCUGCCUCCACUCUCUGGAGCCCUGGGACCAUCUGGUGAUCCACUGCUGCCCGGGCAGGGCCUGCAGUUGCUCCCAGAUGGCCACCAAAGAGGCUCCUGGCUGUGAGAGCCCUGAGGUCCUGGCCUCCCAGCAGUUUUGAGGGUGGGCUCCCAGACACCAUGCCAGCCCCAUCAGUUUGGGAGUGGUGCUGUUGGAGAGCUGGCCCUGCGGGUACCAGGACUUCUGAGGUCCUACACUCCUUUGCAAAUAAAUGAGAUUGUUACCCAGGAAUGGUGGUCUCUCCCUGGACAGGGAUUCCAGGGAAGGGUCCCACUGGAGUUGGAGGCACAGCACAGUGUUCAGGGGUCAGGGCCAGGUGACCUUCCUGCCUGCAGCCCUGGGGACAGCCUAUAAAGUGGAGGGAUAGGCCUCUGGCACAGGCACUGGCCUAAGAAGCGGCUAGGAACAUCCUUUGCAGCAGCAGCAGGUAGAGGCACCAUUCAUGUGACCAAGAACCAUCUACCCCCACCGCCGCCCCCAUUCUGCCCCCAACCAGACCUUAAGGUGGGCUGGGCUAUAUGUCUGAGGCACCAGGGGGCGUCCCUCCUCCCACAAGGCUCACUGCAGGAAUCUGCCCUGGAGCAGGUACUGCUCACCAAGCCCCAGGGCACCUGUACUUGUGUGCCCCACUGAGUGCCCAAACCUGCUCUGGGCCAGGCAGAUUCCUGGGUUGGAAGAUUCAUUGGCUGAGCCGGUCACUGGUCUGCCACCUCCAACUCUACUCCCUCCCACACCACAAC